AUGAACCGUCGCUUUCUGGUUUCCUUUUUCCUUCGAUCUUUUCGUGGAUACCAAUGCCUCGCAGAGGGUUACCGCACGUCCCCUUACAACGCGAACGCUGUUUCAGCAAAGAAUGCGACUCUUCAAUCAUUCUUGCAGGGGCCUUCGAGCGAAACGAUGCGAUCCUUGUUCCAAGGCUAUCGUCCUACCUUCAAAGUACACCCCCUGGGGUGGGAAGUAGAGUCUCUUCUGCUGUUGAGCCCUUCACAGCAGAUGUGCUAUUAUGAUGGAAAGUUGUUUGGUGGAUAUCUGGCUUUCCUGAUGGACCGCAUCCUCGCAGAUUGCUGUCGACCAGCAUUCACGGCCAAUCUCAACACAUCAUUUGUACGCCCUGUUCCGCCUACGGCGCCGAUACGUCUCCGUGCGUGGCCCGAUAAGGUUGAAGGCCGUAAGAUUUAUCUGAAAGGGUCUGUGCAGAUUCAGGGAGAGAACUCUGAUGAAUGGCUUGAUGCCAUCCAGGCGGAUGCUUUAUUCAUCAAGCCCAAGGUUUGA